AAAAAAAAACAUACAGUGGUCCUGUUGAAUUUAAAAGUAUUGGACUUAUCCACGUGUGUAAUUUUAUUAUUUGUUUAAUAAAUUAAAAUUUAAAAUAAGUAGCACAAAGUUAUGUUAGUUGUAAGCAGAAUCUUAACAAAUUUAAAGGCAGAACGCCUAAAAACCAUAUUUACAUUAACGACAGUCAAUAACCAUCCACCAGGCCUAUCUUUAAACAUUUGCAAACGUUACAAAGGUUUUGCUGCAGCAAUGACGGAGGCAUUGGAAAAACUGGAACAACAACAAGAGUUGAGGAAACAGGAAAAAGACGAGGCCAUCGAAUCCACUAAAGAAAUGAAAAAGUUGAAGAGAAAUCUUAAAAGACGCAAGUGGGUAGACUGGAAAACGGAAGAUGAGGAAAAAGGCGAUGUAAAGAGAGUACCAUUCAAUCCUGCCGAUCGAGUCAAACGCAAAAAGACUGCUAUCUUAUUGGGAUAUUCGGGUGCAAAUUAUUUUGGUAUGCAACGCAAUCCCGGCAUGCAGACAAUUGAGGAGGAAUUAUUCAAGGCAAUGCUUAAACACAAAUGGGUGACCGAGGAAAUGUUUGAACAGGCUCAAUUGGCUUGUUUUCAACGAGCAGCUCGUACUGAUAAAGGAGUAUCGGCUGCUAGACAAGUAUGCUCUAUAAAAUUGCCUGAUGAACUAGAUCUAAAUGCUUUGAAUUCUGAUCUACCGGAUCAAAUACGUCUCUUUGCCACAGAACGUGUAACGAAAGGUUUUAAUGCCAAAGAUCAAUGUAAUGCUCGCACAUAUACUUACACAAUGCCGAGUAUAGCAUUUUCUGAUUGCAACGAAAAGGGCGAAUUUGAAAAUUAUCGUCUUUCAGAGGAAAGACUGAAAAAAGCUCAAGAAGUAUUACAAAUGUUUGAAGGUACCAAAAAUUUUCACAAUUUUACAAGCAGAAAAAACUUUUUGGAUCCCUCGGCCAAACGUUACAUAAUGUCGUUUACCUGUUCAGAGCCAUUUGUGAGUCCCCAAGGAGUGGAAUUUGUUACGGUAAAAGUGAAGGGUCAAAGUUUUAUGUUGCAUCAAAUACGUAAAAUGGUUGGUCUAACCAUAGCUAUAGUUCGUGGUCACACAGACUGUAGCUCAUUGGAAAGAGCUUUAACUGAAGAGCGUCUAGAUUUACCUAUGGCACCCGGCUUGGGUUUGGUACUGGACACUGUACACUAUGAACGCUACAAUGAUCGUUAUGGCCAGGAUGGUAUACAUAAUCCUUUGACUUGGGAAAAACAGGAACCCGAAAUAAAAGAGUUCAUUGAGAAGAAAAUUUUUGCUAACAUUUAUCGCACAGAAUGUGAACAGAAACCCUUAAUGGAGUGGCUAGAAACUUUGCCCCUACACUCCUAUGACACCAGAAAGGAAGAUAAUUCACCUAACGAUGAAAAAGCCAGCAAAGACGAUGAUGACGAAUAGUGAAUAUUUCUCACAUUUAUUAAAACAAGUUAUAUCUUUAAUAUGUUAAGAAACUCUUAUUUUUUGCAUACUUUAGUUAUAAAAAAGUAGUAAAAUAAAAACAAGUGGUUAGUGGGAAUAUGUUCCACAGCAUAAUAUAGAAA